AUGUACUUACUAAAACCACUAUAUUUCCAAUUACCAGUAGUUACGAAACACUCACUCAGUCAUUCAAUACUGGAAAAAAACUCGUUAAAUUUAGCAACUAAAUCAUCAAAAUGGCAUUACUGUAUGCAAGUACAUUCUCAUUUAGAUCUUUCUGACUACGAAGUUUUGACAUUUUUUGACACUAAAUAUGUCAAAGUAAUAAUUAUAUACGUACAUACAUAUGUAUAUUAUUUGUUACAUGCAUUAAAAAUCAGGAGGAAAGCACUUCGUAAUAGUAAACUUAUAAAACAAUAUUUAUUUAAAAAAGAAACUUAUAGAGAAAUGGCUGCACUUUUAGUCAAACCAAGAGCAUCAGAAGUUCUAACGGCUUAUUUAAAACAAUGUAACGAACCACCAUGGACAUCAUAUUUUGUUAAACAAGCAGAUGUGGUUAAUGACCAAUUCGGUAAAUCACAUUUUAAUUGGCCUUUAGAUACCGGAGCGAAUUAUCAUAUUUUAAGGACCGGUUGUUUUCCAUAUCUAAAAUAUCACUGUACAAAAAGGCCUCACCAAAAUUUAGAUAUUGAAAAUUUAUUUUUUGGACUGCUAAAAGUUCUUAAUCUUGGAAUUCCAACUUUUUUUUAUGGAUUAUCUGCAACAGCAUUGAUAUCACACACUGAGUAUGUCAUUUUGAAAAAUAAAACAAUUCCUAUAUAUUUUUUAUAUGAAGAAGAUAAAGGAUCAUUUCAUUAAUAACAAUGUAUAAAAGUUGAAAAAAUUAAA